AUGAGGCUGUCAGCUGUCGCGAUCCUCCUUUCGGCUGUGGUCGCUGUGACAGCCAUUGAACUUCCUGCCGGCGUGCCUCGCUCGCCCGCGGAGUUCAGAGAGAAGCACCCAUACCAGCCGCGCAAGGUCUGUACCAGGAAGACAAUCAAGAUUCGACCAAGCGCCAAUGACACGGAUGAUGUGUCUGACGAGUUCCUGCAAGGACUCAAAGAGGCCAACAACGGCGGCACUGUUUACCUCGCAAAAGGCAAAACUUUCAUGAUUGGCAAGCCCCUGGACUUGACCUUCCUGAAUGACGUUCACGUGAGACUCGACGGCGAGCUCAAGUUUACCAAUGAUACCUCAUACUGGCAGGCGAAUGCUUACCGCCAUCCAUUCCAGAACAGUAUCAUGUUCUGGAAGUGGGGCGGCACUGACGUGAAGAUCUACGGCAACGGCGUGCUCAAUGGCAACGGUCAACGAUGGUGGAAUGAGUUCGCGGGUCUGGAAAUUUUAGACCCAAGCAACACGUACUUGCGGCCGAUUCUAUUCUACGCCGAGAACGCAACCAACCUAGACAUCGAGGGUAUCCAUUUCAAGGAUUCUCCUUGCUGGACCAACUUCUUCGUUACCUCGAAGGGCAUCACUUUGCGCGACGUGAUGUGCACUGCUGAAUCGAACAACGCAACUGCACUGCCAAAGAACACGGAUUUCUUCGACUCACUCAAUGUUGAGGACGUCACGGUGGAACGCACUCAUGGUCAGUCAAUGGGAUCCAUUGGCCAAUAUGGCGGCGAGAAGAGUUUCAUUCGGGAUGUCCACAUUGAGAACAUGUGGAUGCUGAACGGCCAGCAUGGUGCGCGUCUCAAGACCUGGGCUGGUCAGAACGUCGGCUAUGGUUUCAUCGACAACGUCACAUUCAAGAACUUCUGGAACGCAGACAACGAGUACACCGCAUUCCUUGACUCCUGCUACUUCAAUAUCAACGCAACCACCUGCGCGGCUUACCCAUCGCAGGUCAACAUCACCAAUGUUCUGUUUGAGAACUUCACUGGAUACACCUCGGGCAAGUAUGGUCGUGCCGUCGCAUCUUUGACCUGCAGCUCCAACCCGAAUGCUGUUUGCGAGAAUAUCAAAUUCAAGGACUUCAAUGUCACUUCUCCAUGUGGCGGGCCACCAGUCAUAAUAUGCGACAACAUUAAAGGAGGCAUUGGGAUGCCAUGUGUCAACUCGACGAGCGCUGAAGCGAAGGCUGCGCUGGCUGAUAAAUGCACAGUACCGCUGGCCGUGCUUCCAACACCGACUCCAUGGUAA